UGUAAUCAUGGAGUGUGUCCGAGCUAAUUAAUAUUUACGUUUCAAACAAAUUGUAACCGUUUAAUAGCAGUGCAAAGUUAUUUCUGUCAUAUUACUGUAUGAAGUAGCAAAAAGAACUUUAAAUAUACAAUAAUAACUUAUGAAUAAUAAACUAAUUAAACUAUUGGACGAUUUACGAUUAACUGAUGUUAAUUAAACAUGAAGCUCGUUUUGUAAGUACAGCUACUUCUUGCAGUUAAGACUACGAUUGAACGGGAGUAGCUGCAAGAAGUUCUACGGCAUGCUAAAAUAAACAACUUUUGAAAUGAAGACGGACAAUGUUACAGAAUAUUAAUGUCACUUAGAUUAGUUGAACAAAGUUUGCACGCUGAAAACAAAUAGAAAGCCUCGUACACGAAGUAGUCUGUUUUGACGAACUUCUCUUUCAAGCAUCUUCGCUUUAACAAACAAGCGUUCCACAAUAUAAAUGUAUCUAUGAAACAAAUAUUAUCAGAAAUGCAGUUAGAAAUUGCAAUAGAAGAAACAUACGUGUGGGAGUAAAAAUAUUUGUAUAAGAUAAUACAAUAUAAGAUCUAUAACAAUAUAGAGCGAUAUAUCGAGUAAAUUAUUACUGUAAAUAAGAGUGGCAAUAUCAUAAAUGCAAAAAGGUACCAAAGAAAGCUCGUUCAUUUGAAAUUCAAAUGCUAAUAGAAUGUAAAAUUUGGCACACUUUAUAAUGUAUGAUUGCGGGAAUUUAUGUGAAACUUUUGUUCACAAUUUCUCGAAUAAUAUUUUGUUACUGUCUUAAUUAACAUGAGGAUGCGUGCGUUACUUCUGCUUCUAAGUUACUUCUACUUCAACAAGAUCGUUACUGAAGAUAUAUCGCGUCCAACUUUAGUCCAAGUAAAUUUCAAAAUUGUUUGAAUCUGAAACUUGGAAUCGGGGACAAUCUGCACUAACAAGUAAUAAUAAGUAAACGUUAUAUCUUAUAAUAUCGAAAAAUUUAUUUUUACUGGAGAACAAUACGAAGUUUAUAUACCGGAGAAUUGUCGAUUAAAUAUAAAUGUGUAAAACAUUAAUUUAAUGUUGCGGAUAACGAAACGCAUUUAAUAUAAACGCGAUAUGAAUGAAAAACAUCUGUACAAAUCGCGAAUUUGAUUUUUAUUAAAAACAUCAAUAAAAAAUUAAAAGUUCAAAGACUCGCAGGAUGCUUAACAAGGAAGGCAACCGUAACAACUACACUAAGUUUAACAAAGGAACAUUGAAACAAAGAAAAAUAAAAACUUGCGUAUUUAUUACAAUACUGACUGCCAGUUGUUUAUACUCAUGAUUAAUCGUAUUAAAAUAAUAUAACAUUUUUUUAAAUAAAUAUAACUUAGUUUUAAAUAUAAUUUAUUUAAAUAAAAAAAUUGCUACUUGGAAAGUAAUAUCAAGAGCCAAAAAUGUUACCAUCUCCGACAAAUUUUUUAUUUGAAAUUAAAUAGCUUAAAAAUUAAAUUAAAAUAGUAUCCUAUUCAAAACAGUUUUAUAUUUUAUAUAAAAUAGAUCUCUGUACAUAUUCGAAAUUAUUUCAGAGAUUAAAACAUUGAAAUCACUUUGAAAUUCUCUUAUCAAUCUGUUUUGAUCGCCUUAUGUUACGUAUAAUAUUUAAGUAUUAAUGCAAGAAAAGGGGGCAGAAAAGUUACGAUAUGACAUUAAGACAAAAACAACUACAUCACAAAGCGUAAAUAUUGUUGCAACAAUGCUUGAACUGGCAGGGGGCACGUUUCUCAGAAUAAAGAGACGGACGAAGCGGCGCAUAAAAAUUCGCACGAUUGACGCGUAUGUACAUACAUCAUCGCCCUUAUUAAAACGACCCGCGACAGUUGGGUCGAGGCGCUGUCGUAAAAUGUCGCUUAAGACACCCGAUCCCUCCGAUCGGACGCAAAUUGUUCGGCCCCGCGAUAAGACGAGCGCGAUUCGUUUUUAUCGCCGGCCAUUAUUAAAAUGACCCCCGCUCACCCGCGGUCAUCUCUCGCAGAUCUAGCCUCUCGUCUCUAGCGCAAAGAUCGGGACGAGCGCUCCCGCGUAAAACGCGCCCAUGCGGUCCGAGGGAUCGCUGUCGCGUCGAAGCGAGAAAACGGGGGACUCUGCGCACUGCUGUCCGCCUUUAAUUAUUCCAUUACGGGUACAUUGUAUGGCGCGACGGCGGAGAUCCUCCCGCGAGAACCCCAUAAAGCAAAGAACGUCGUUCGUGCCGCGGUAAAACGAUACAUGAAACGCCACGCGACCGAUCCAAUUGUAUGUUAUUGCCGGCUAAAGCGGGGUUAAUAGCAAACUAUGCGUUCGCCGUAAUCGCCGCGCCGCGAACGCGUGCGUCCGUUUCGCGCGCACGUUGUACUUUCACGUCGUUCCGAACUGUCAUUCCCGAUAGUCGACAGCUCGCUCCUAUACUCGCGUGCGAGAUAUGGCUCUCUCGGUUACGUCCAAGAAGAAACGAACUGAUAGAAAGAGAUAAAAUCCGUGGAAGAAAUGUUGAAGAUUUAUUUUCUACUGCUUAGAUAUGAGUCAUCGUGAGACGUCAAUUUCGCAAAAUCAAACAUUGGCGUUUUUUUCCAGCUUUUUAUAUUAAGAAAAAACCGUUUGUGAACUAGAGAAAGAUUGUAAUGUUUCAGUAAAAUAUAAUAUAAAGUAGGACAUAGAAUAUUUUUAUAACGAUUCUUUGUAAAGAGUAUAGCUAGUUAUCCGUGAUAGAGAAUUGAAUUUUAUUCAUAAUCGAAAUAACAUUCAGAAUAUAAUUCAUGAUUUCAAUUUUAGCAUAUUUCGCAGAGAUUCAUUCACAGUUAUAAAAGAUGAAAUCAAUUAUCUCCUAAAUACGUACACAAAGGUUAAAUCGUUAAACUGGUUAAUCUUAUUUCGAGAUAAAUAUAAAGAUCACUUUUGUAUGACACGCAAAUUUAAUCAGAAAAUAUAUUAUUUUACUUUAGUUCCGUUUUGAAUAUUUCCGCAAAAAUAACAUUGUUUAGGAAUAAAUUACGCAAACCGUUUCAUAGUAGGAAUAGUUCACUUAUUCAAUAACGAGGCUAAUUCUUGUCAUUUUCUGUUUUCAGGAAUUAUGACCCUUCCGAGCAGCCCGUGUGAGAUAGAAAACAUGAGCUUGUUUCAAGACCUCAAGUUGAAAAGGAGAAAGGUCGACUCCCGAUGUAGUAGUGACGACUCCCCGGUAUCCCUCGGAUCAGCAGGCUCGCCGCAGGGGAACCCGACGACGGACGCACCUUCACCCAUAAACUUUCCUGCUCCAGGGGAGAGCAUGGCUGACACCUCAACCCUGUCGCCGGAGACGAACAUGCCAGGCUCGCCGGGCUGCCAGAUCAGAGUGUCGAACGAGUACCUGGUGGGCAGUCCGAGUCCAGGGCCACCAGGGCGAGGAGGAGACUCUCUUCGUGGCACCAGUAGCGGCGAUGGCGGAGGUGGAAGAGGGGGAAGCGGUCAAGAAGGUCGCGACGCGGGGUGCUCGGAUCGCGCGUCGCCCGACUCGGUCUUCCCGGAUACCGGUCCGAUGGUGAGCUUCAGGGUCGCCGAUGAGCAGCAACAGCAGCACCAUCAGCAAUCUCAGCAGCAGCACCAUCAGCACCAGCACCAGCAGCAACAACAGCAACGCUCCGCCACCCCCAUGCCGAUCAAAUCAUCGCCGUACUCGCCAGUCCAGACGGUCUCGUCGACUCCGAUUACCCAGGAGGCCUCUUCGAGGAGUGACAGCCCAGAUCUGAAGGGCGACCUAUCGUCCGUCCAGACCAAGGAAGAAUCCGACAAUUCGGUCUUCGACGGAGGUGGAGGCGGCGGCGGCGGCGGCGGCGGCGGCGGCGGUGGAGGUCGUUCGGAUACAUCUAAUCAACUCAGUCACCGGAACAGCCCGUCAUCUCAAUUCAACCUGAACCAGAACGUUAGUCCCGGACAACAUGGAUCCAUGCAACAGCAACAACAAUCACCACCGGCACCACCGAGGCCACGUGCGCCCUCAGUACCACCGCACCUGCUAGCGGCCCAUCAUCAGUUUUGGUCGCAGAAUACUACCAGCGUACAGGGAUUCGCUACGCAGAGGCUACUCAACGGUGUCAUCAGCAGCGCCGUCAGCUACGGCGGACAGAACGCCACGACCACCUCCACCAGCUCCGGAGGAGGUACCAGCGGUACCAAUUCCAGCUGCGUUACUACCGGCGCUACCACCACGGCGGCCUCGUGCGAAGGUAUGAAGCCACCGGCGCAGAGAGCAGCGCCGGCACCACCGCGACCUCCUCCGACGGUAUUAAUGGGGGAGAUCGGUGGCGUCCGUACUAUGAUAUGGUCGGCGCCGCCGUUGGACCCGGUGCCGCCACCCGCGGCAUCCUGGUCGGCCACGGCGGCGGCCGCGGCCUCGUGCUCCUCAUCGGAGGAGUCGGCCGCCCAGCUGUUGCUAAACCUCGGCCAGGAGUCCAGGGGUAAACCGCCCUCGUCCUCCUCCGCGGUCUCGUACUCGUCUACCGCCGGACCGCCGCUCAACAUGGAAAGGCUGUGGGCCGGUGACCUGACGCAGCUGCCCGCGGCGCAACAGAUGCAGGCGCUGAAUCUCACGGCGUCCGGUUCCGCCGCGCAACCGUGGGUCAGCAACGGCGGCACCGUCGUCAAGACCGAGGCGGCCUCGCAGUCCAUAUCAGUGGCACCGCCCGCUCCCCCCUUGCCACCCCAAGAGCACGAGGAGGACGAAACGCCUAUGAUAUGCAUGAUUUGCGAAGACAAGGCAACCGGCUUGCAUUACGGCAUCAUUACAUGCGAAGGAUGCAAAGGCUUCUUCAAGAGGACAGUGCAAAAUAGACGGGUGUACACAUGCGUGGCGGAAGGAGGCUGCGAAAUUACGAAGGCGCAAAGGAACAGGUGUCAGUACUGUCGGUUCAAAAAGUGCAUCGAACAGGGUAUGGUCCUGCAGGCGGUUCGAGAAGAUCGGAUGCCUGGAGGAAGGAAUUCUGGCGCAGUGUACAACCUUUACAAGGUGAAGUACAAGAAACACAAGAAGAGCAACAAGAGUAGCGGCGUCGGUGGCGGCAUGGGUGGCGGCGGUAACGUCGGUGGUGUAAACGGGUCGGGAACCCUCGGCGGUACCAAGGGUGCCAUGGGCACGACAAUAUUGGACAAGCAUAUGGCCGCGGCUGCAGCCGCCCAUCACAGCCAGCAGCAGCAGCAGCAGCACGCCCAGCUAGCCGGUGGAUUCCUCCAUCAUCACAAAAUCUCUUCGGGCGAUUCGCUUAACUCGCCGCCCGCCCCCAGCCACCCGAGUCAUCCUGCGCAUUCGGGCCACCUCGUCAACGGGACUAUCCUGAAGACGGCGCUUACCAAUCCCUCCGAAGUGGUGCAUUUACGACAAAGGCUAGACAAUGCAGUAAGCAGUUCGAGGGAUCGAGUAUUUCCUCUGGACGCAACCUUAACCAUGAUUCAAACCCUUAUAGACUGCGAUGAGUUCCAAGAUAUCGCUACAUUGAGGAACUUGGAUGAGCUACUGGACCAUAAUUCAGACUUAAGUGACAAGCUGUGUCAGAUAGGAGAUAGCAUAGUGUACAAGUUGGUGCAGUGGACCAAAAGGUUACCGUUUUACCUUGAGCUGCCGGUCGAAGUUCACACGAGGCUGCUCACCCACAAAUGGCAUGAACUUCUCGUGCUGACCACAUCUGCCUACCAAGCGAUGCAUGGUCAGCACAGGUUAACAAAUGCUGCUACUGACGGGACGGGUGCAGACUUUAUGCAAGAAGUAACGAACAACAUGUAUACGUUGCAAAGGUGCCUAACCAGCAUGAUGGGUCGGCCGAUAACCAUGGACCAAUUGCGACAAGAUGUAGGGCUCAUGGUGGAAAAAAUCACAUAUGUCACGCUAAUGUUCAGGCGGGUGAGGCUACGGAUGGAGGAAUAUGUCUGUCUAAAAGUAAUCACUAUGCUCUCACAAGGAGACACAAAAUCACGAGGAAGUACAUUGGAAUUAGAACAGAUACAAGAACGGUACAUGAGCUGUCUGCGAAGUUUUGUCGAGCACAGCGCUCCUCAGCAGCCGGGUCGAUUUCAUGAUCUUCUUGUCAGGUUGCCCGAAGUACAAUCAGCGGCGACUUUACUACUCGAGAGUAAAAUGUUCUACGUUCCUUUCCUAUUGAACUCAGCAAUUCAAAGAUAGUAAAUAAACAAAGUGACGAUAAACGAAGCUGAAUACCUAUAUACAUACUAUACAUACGUUAUAAAUAUAUACACGCAGAAAAAAGUAAAAGAAUCGAACAAACUGACAUGCAACAAACGAAUAGAAAAACAAAAAGAACAGAGUCCAAUGAGAGAGAAAGAGAGACGACUCAAGCCGAACAGGGAAAGGCUUUGUUUGCGUAUGUAUAAUAAAUAUAUAAAAGUAUAUAUAUACAUAUAAAUAAUAUAAAUAAUAUAAAUGUGUGUGUUCGUUGCGUUGUACAAACGAAGGAGGACGGAGAGGAGGAAUCGUUCGAGUGAAAAAAAGCGAAAAGAACACAAGAGUGGAACACGAAUAGAAAGUAACCACGUCAGGACAGCGAAAGAAGGAGGAUAGAGAAAGAAACGGAGAAAGAAAGGAACGAUUUUAAAUAAAAUAUUAAAGAAAGAGUAUAUAUGUAAUAUAUAUUAUAUACGUAAUAUAUAUUAAAUAUAUGCCCGUAUAUAGAAAGUUAAAGGAGCAAGAGAGAGAGAGAGAGAGAAAGAAAGAGCGAGAGAGAGGGAGAGAAAGGGAGGGAGAGAAAGAAAGCGCGCCACCUCGAGAUGGGCAAUCAGUCGAGGUGGGAACUGAACUUUUUUAUCGAAACUAAAAGACUAUAAUAAUAUAUUUCUGUACGCAAACACACGUACCGCGCAACUACGUCAUUGUGUGUUCACAUUGCAUAAUCCGAUCGAUAAAAUAAGACUCUCGUUACGUACCGCUCACCGUAGGCCACCUACUACUAUUACUACUGCUACUAUUACCGCCACUUUCUACUACUACCGAUCUUGAAGCUAAG